AUUGAUGGAACACCAAAGCCUUGUGGCUCCCUCACGCCGCACACCGCAUCUCCAUCGCUCGGCUCAGCGCCUCCUUUCUCCUCCGUCAACCCCGUCAGUUGCGAUUUUGAACAGCUCACGCGUCUCGAGAGGGAGUCGGCUGCGGCGUCGUCAGCCAGGGGACGUUACCUUCGUUCUCCGUCGGGGGGAAGCUGCCGGCCUUGCGUUAAAACCGUCCAACCUGUUCAACUUUGCCCAUCAGUGCCAAUCCAAGUCAGCAUCGCCACGGGAGCACAAGAGGAGCGGGAGGUCAAACAUCAUGGGCUCUAGCUCCUCCUCCUAUGCCCCCAAAGCCAUUUUUUUGGAUGUGGACGGGAAAAUGCAGAAGGUGGUGUUCAGUCGGCACUGCAGUCCAUGCGACAUUAAGGAGCUUCUUUGUACCUCUUCGAACAUCCCCAGGAACACUGCAAUCAUGAUGGUGGAUCCCGAAGGCGCCUUGGUCUCAAUCGAUCCCACCAUGCCCACCAAUUCUCCCAACUCAUUGUACAAAGUUGUGCCCCUGUCUACUGGCCAACUUGGAGAGAAAGAGGACAUGUUUCAGAAUGUGUUGUCCCAGGUGGCUGAGCAGUUCAGCAGAGCAUUUCGCAUAAAUGAGCUGAAGACCGAGGUCACCAACAGGCUUGCCAUGCUGGAAAAGAGAGUGGAGCUGGAGGGGUUGAAGGUGGUGGAGAUUGAGAAGUGUAAAAAUGAUCUGAGGAAGCUUCGCGAUGAGAUGACAUCGAGAAGUGGCGGCAGGAUAAACUGCCCGUGCAAAUACAAUUUCGACGACGGGAAGAAAGUCACCCCGAGAAGAGAUGUGCCCAAUUACCCAAAGUAUACACUGUCUCAGGAGACUGUUGAGGCGCUGAAGAAACCAACGUUUGAUGUUUGGCACUGGGAACACAAUGAGAUGCUGAGCUGUUUGGAGUAUAUGUACCAUGACUUGGGUCUGGUGAAAGAAUUCAACAUGAACCCCAUCACACUCAAACGCUGGCUGUUGGCCAUUCAGGAGAACUACCGCAACAACCCUUUCCACAACUUCCGUCACUGCUUCUGCGUUAGUCAGAUGAUGUACGGCAUGAUCCACCUCUGCAACCUGCAGGAGAAGCUGACUCUAACUGAUAUGGGCAUUCUAAUGACAGCUGCGGUGUGUCACGACCUGGACCACCCUGGAUACAACAACACGUAUCAAAUCAACGCACGCACGGAGCUAGCGGUGCGCUACAAUGACAUCUCACCCCUGGAGAACCAUCAUUGUGCGGUGGCCUUUCAGAUUAUUUCCCUUCCUGAGUGCAACAUCUUUGCAAAUGUGGAUCCCGAAGCAUUUAAACAGAUUCGACAGGCCAUUAUCACUCUCAUCCUGGCCACUGACAUGGCAAGACAUGGCGAGAUACUGGACUCAUUCAAGCAGAAAGUGGACAACUUCGACUUCACCAACGAGGAGCAUGUGACCUGUCUCAAGAUGGUAUUGAUCAAAUGCUGUGACAUUUCCAAUGAGGUGCGGCCCACCGAGGUGGCCGAGCCGUGGGUGGACUGCUUAUUGGAGGAGUACUUCAUGCAGAGUGACCGGGAAAAGUCAGAGGGCCUCCCGGUGGCCCCCUUCAUGGACAGAGACAAAGUCACCAAGCCCACCGCCCAAAUCGGUUUCAUCAAGUUUGUGCUCAUACCCAUGUUUGAAACCGUCAUGAAGCUUUUCCCUCAAAUUGAGGAGAUCAUGGUUCAACCGCUGAGGGACUCCCGAGACCACUACGAAGAGCUGAAACAGAUUGAUGAUGCCAUGACAGAGGCACAGAAGAAAAAAACUGAAAAUAUGUCAUUAGGCGGGAAGAAGAAGUAAGCUCCACAGUGAGUGAGUGCAGUGGUAUCUGUGGAUCCUCUUUGGUGUUCAAAUUCAGCAAAGACUUUAAGAAGAGCGAGUCUGGUUGAAGACUUGGGGUUCUGCGUUCUGACAAUCAACAAGCGGAGCGACAGGAGGGAGCAGAGAGACGACUCCGAAACAUACUCAAAGUUAGGCACCAGGGGGGCAUCGUAUCUUCAACGUUGACUUAGACUUUUGCACUGCAUAUAAGAGAGAAGUACCCCCAGUGACCUUUGUCUGUUUAUUUGUGGUGGCUAGCUCGAUUUGUUUGUGUACUUUGACAGCACUGCAAACAUUCAGAAAAAAAAAAACGGUUCCCUAAAAUCACAUGAUCAGAAAAAAAUAUUCGCUAAAAUUAUAAUACUCUAACUCUUCCCAUUCCCCAAAUCCCGGAAAUGUUCAAAUACAAUACCUAAAUUAAGAAAUUUCACAUUACUCCCUGCAAUGUUUAAUUUCUUGGCCAUGUCAAACAAUUUUAGAUUCAGACUAUUCCACUCAUUCAGGAUAUCUGGGGAACUUUUCCUAUUUCCCAAAUGUCAAUUUUAAAUUUCCACAUGAUGGGAUAUUUCACCCUAAAUAAAUUACCUUCUCUAUUUACAGUAAAUAUGUGUAUUAAAACACUUCUGGUUAUGAACGUAAUACAAUUUAAUGAAAAACCGUGAGAAAGACAGCAAGUGAGAGACAUACUAUGUCGGACCGUUGGUCACCGAGGACCACCUGUAUUUGGAAGUUGGUAAUGUGAUGUAUGGGAAUGUUUUAGUCGGCGUGGUGGAAUUUGCAUCUCAAAAAUAAAAGAAAAAAAAGAAAGAAGGAAAUAGCAGCUAGCAGUUUAAUGUCUCAUAGUUGAUAUUAACAUUCAGCCUCACUCACAAAAAUACAUUACGUAUCAUUAGAAAUGAGAGCAUAGAUGUGAUGAUUUUAAUCAACAGUAGAGAGUUAUGUCCAGAGGUAUUUGGACAAUGACAGUAUUUUGAUGAAGUUGCACCACAAUUGAUUUGAAAUAAAACAACCAACACGUGUAUGUGUUUCGGUGAAACUGGCAUUCACCAUUUACCGCCAUUUUAUGCAGGAUAUCGCCAUUUUCUGAGGGGUCAAAAGUAUUUGGACAAAUAUAAAACUGAAUUUAAUUGUGAGUACUGAUGCUCUAUUGGGUUGAGAUCUAAAUAUUUGAUCUACUCCCCAGCACCCGCACGACCCUCGUGAGGUUAAGCGGUUUGCAUCAUGUUUGGGUAGAUGCACUUGCCUUCAGAAAAUGUUUUCUACUUGCGGAUUUCAUUUGAUUAUGUGGAUGACAGAAUGCUUUCCUACACAACGACGAAGCUUCAGUCUUUGAACACAAGAAGUCUAACAUGUAUCAGAAUAAUGAUGACGAGCGAAAAGAAACAUAACGCGAUAGAAAGGAACUGCUCAUGAGCCAAAACAUUCCACCUCGUGGUGGAUCUGGAAUGGGUGACGUCCUCUGGCUCAGGCAAUACAAAAUGAAGUCACUUUGUCCAAAGAAUCUCAAGUCCCUGAAAAUGGAAACAUCUUGAACUUCAAAGUCUGCACUGCAAUCAGAUGUUGAGUGUUUUGUAUUAAAUCCACUUGUGUUGAUGUAGGGGGGCCAGCCAUCUAAUUCUGUCGUGCUUAUUUUCACUUAAAAAAAGAAAAACCUCUGUCAUUAUCAAAAUAUUUCUCUUCCCCUUUCCGGAAUGUUUAUUUAUUAGUACAUUUGCAGUCAGACAUGUCUUCAAAGCAAUAAAAAGAUGACUUUAGUGCCACUUGGUAACUGACAAAAAGUUUCCCAGGAACCGUUUUUGAUCAAAUUCUAUUUACGGUAUAUAUAGAUUUGUUUUUCAAUCAUACUGAUAAAUCACAUGGCUGUUUUAGUUGAGCCGACAUGAAUCUUUGUACUUCUAAAGAAAGUACAUUUUAUCGGCACAUUUUACACUUGAGGUCGACUGAUAGGGACUCGUGAUUCGGCUGCAUACCACCCAUUUAUCACAGCACACCUCCUUCUAUCUCCGUCUUAUCCUCUCCAUCAGAUCAAAGUGUUGGGUUUUUUUUCCCUGGCAUCUAUGAGCGAUUUUGUUGUUGUUCUUGACACUUCAAUAAUUAUCCAGGGCUCACACAGGAUAGGAAUACCACCCAUUUGGGAGCAGAUGGUAUACAAGGCAAUAAACACGGUAUGACUCAUCAAUCUGCAACCUCAUCUCCAAGCAAUAAAAGAAAAUCAGCCCACCACCACAUAAUUGCAGUUGAGAAGAGAUGACAUCUGUAUUUUAUUUGUGCAAGUACCCUUUUUGUUUUGAUUGUAAAUAUACUGUUCCACUUGGCAUGCUUUUUUUUUAGCCUGCGGGAAUGUUCUCAUUCAACUUAACAUACCAAGCAUGGCCAGUGAAUGAAACACUGAUCACCAACCAAUAAAGACUUGGGGCACCUCUUUAAUCUCUUUU